AUGCCUAUCGUAAGACCAACUGUUAACACAAUUAUGGCCGGCAAACGAGUCACUGAAAAGCGACCUGCGUUGAGAAGACGCGAAAACAUUCCAAGCAUUCCAACCUACGCCUUGGAUGGCAGUGGUGGCAGCCGAUCAACCAAUGGCAUUAGCGGAGUGGUAGCAUUGAAUAAUGUCAGUAAUGGACGGAGGAGGUGUAUGCGAUUAUUUAGAGAUUGA